AUGGGGGAGCGGCGGGCGGCGUCUCGGAGGCCGCGCCGGAAGUUGCUCUGCGGGUCGUGGAGCGGCGGCUGUUCGGCGGCGGCGGCGGCGGCGGGGGGAGCCUGCCGGUGCUACAGCAGCAGCGGGAGCGGCGGCUGCUGCGGCAGCGGGGGAGGCGGCGGCGGCGGCUUCUGGCCGCGGCCGCCGACGCCCCGGCUCCCGUGUCUCCAUGGUAGCGUGGGCAGCUACCGCCGCCUCAUCCACGGCUUCGAGGACGUGCUGAGGCGGAGGCUCCGGGGUCAUCUCCGAACCUCACGACUGUCCCCAUCGAUCAAGAGUGGAAUAAUCAUCACAACCCAGAAACCCUCCACGCAAGACAGCGAAGCGCUAUCUCAGAGGCACAAGCAGAAAAUGAAAGGGGAUACCGUGAAUGUGCGCCGCAGUGUCCGAGUAAAAACUAAAGUCCCCUGGAUGCCCCCAGGCAAAACAUCUUGCAGAGAAUCAUCGUACAAGUGGGAGGGACCGACCCAUCGCCUGGAAAUCACCCCUCCAGAUUCCGACAAGUUGCUGUCUGUGCUUCGCUUGAGUGAUCUCUCCACCGACGAGGAGGACGCCAUUCACUGCAAGAUGAACAAAUACGAGAAGAAGAUCGACAGCUUACUCAAUGUCGUGGGAACAUUGAAAAACGAGGUCAAGAUGCCAAAGGCUGUUGGGACAGGCUGUGUGGCCAAGCGUCUUCUGGAGGAGCAGAAGGACGAGUUGGACGAGGUCACUCAGGAGCUGGUGGAGACUGAACACGAGAACACGGUCCUCCGUCGCAACAUUGAAAGGAUGAAGGAGGAAAAAGAUCUCAGCAUACUCCAGAAACGGCAUCUGUUGCACGAGAAGGAGUGUUUGAUGUCCAAACUGGUGGAGGCCGAACUGGAUGGGGCAGCUGCUGCCAAACAGAUCCAGGCCUUGAAGGACGUGAUUGGGAAGCUGAAAACGGAGAAGAAUAUGACCGUUUCGGACAUCAACACCCUGACUAGGCAGAAGGAAUUGUUGCUGCAGAAACUGAGCACUUUCGAAGACACCAACCGGACCCUUCGAGAUUUGCUCAGAGAGCAACACAACCGGGAGAAAGAUGCGCAAAAGUUGACAGAGCAGCAGACUACCCUGAUGAAAAGGCUGACUGACUCCGAUACAGAGAAGGCGCAAUUGGUCAAGAAACUACAAGAAAAAGAAAAGGAAGUGGAUGAUUUAUUGAUUCAGAUACAGACCGAAAAGGACCAAGCCAAGACGGCCGCUGAGCUCUCCAAGUCUAUGGAAGCCGUGAGGGGUCACUUACAAGCCCAACUGCGGAAUAAAGAAGCCGAGAAUCACCGCCUGGGUAUCCAGAUCCGGAAUCUGGAGCGGGUAGCAGCUCAGCACAAGGCCGAAGUGGAGAACAUCAUGGAACAAUUGAAGGAGCUGAAGGCCAAAGGAGAUCGGGACAAGGAAGCCCUGAAGAAAGCCAUCAAGGCACAGAAGGAACGAGCAGAGCGGGCUGAGGAGUUUGCCGAUCAACUGAACGUCCAGUUAGCUGAAAAGGAUGCCUACGUGGCCGAAGCACUGUCCACCCUAGAAUCCUGGCGGAAUCGUUACAACCAAGUUGUGAAAGACAAAAGUGACCUCGAGGUGGAGAUUGUGAUGCUGAACAGCCGUAUUUCCGAGCUCCUGGAACAGCAGAACACCAUGGAAGAAAAAAUGCGGGAAGACCGAGAUAUCUUGGUCGAUAAACUGCACAAGCAGGUCACCGAAAGCACCGCUUGCAAACUGGAGAACGAGAGGCUGAAGACUAGCUUGAUUCCAGUGGAGGAGCGGCUAAACCAGGCGCAGCAGGAAGUGGCGAAGUUGAAGGGUUCCCUCAAGAACUACGAAGGCCUGAUUGAAACCUACAAGAAUCAGGUGGUGAAAACUCGCAUGGAAGCCGAUGAGGUGACAGUGAAAUUGGAACUCUGCGACAAAGAGAACAAAGCGCUGAAGGAAGAGAUGGCCAAGGAGAUUGAAAAUGCUCGCAAGCAGUUCCAGAGCCAAGUGGCCGAGCUGGAGAAACUUCCUGAGAUCCUGAAGAUGACCGAGACCAAGCUGGCUGAGUGUCAGGAGCAGCUUAAGAGUUAUGAGAAGAAAAAUAUGGAUCUGUCUGCCAUGAUUACAGACCUCCGUCAGCGGAUUGAGCUUCAGGGGGACAAGAUGGAAUUGACAAGAGAAAAGUAUCAGUCGGCCCAGGAAGAGAAUAAACAGCUGGCCCUCAAGUUGGAAGAGAUGGAGAGGAAACUUGAAGCGACCAGCGGGCAGAACGUAGAAUUCCUCCAGAUCAUUGCGAAAAGGGAAGAGUCCAUCCACCAGGCCCAGCUCCGGCUAGAGGAGAAGACCAGGGAGUGUGGCUCCUUGGCACGCCAGCUGGAGAUGGCCUUGGACGACGCCAAGAAGCAGUUGGAGCAAACGAGGGACCGUGCGGCUGUAAGAGAGAGGACAGCCCAGUCAAAGAUGCUGGACCUGGAAACCCAGCUGAGCAAGACGAAAACCGAGCUGAACCAGCUACGACGCAGUAAAGAUGAUGCAGAGCGCCGGUACCAAAGCCGCCUCCAGGACCUGAAAGAUCGCCUCGAGCAGUCCGAGAGCACCAACCGCAGCAUGCAAAACUACGUGCAGUUCCUCAAGUCGUCGUACGCCAACGUCUUCGGAGACAGCAUCUUGUCCAGUUCUCCCAUUCGUCCCCGGUCUCCUCUGUAGCCCGCCCGUCGUCCCUUGCACCAGGCUCCGUCGGAGGGAGCGGGUACGAAGCCAUAAUCUGAUUCUGGAAUCUGCCUCUCUCGGAAUCCAGCUCCGGGGAGGAGGGGCCUUGCACAGGGGUGGAGGGAGGGCACUCCAAGCCUUUUCCUCCCCCAGCGUUGUCAGGACUUUCUAGUGCCUUUAACCCGGCUUCCAUCGUUUUGCAGCACCCUGUGUGGUUUUUUUUCUCCAUCCACUUUUUUUAAAAAUCUUUUCUAAAGUUUUUUUUUUAAAUUUGUAUUCCUGUUUGGGAAAUCGCUUUACUCGCUGAUUCCCUCAGGUUUCAACGAUCAUGUGGUAGGACAUCAAAACCAAUGGGAAGUUUACUUGGCAAUUGUGCGCUAACAUUUUCUCCCUUGUGCCAGAUGUGCAUAGGCCUGUGCGUUGCGUGAGAAAGGAAAUAAUUUCUUCCCCCAAUUUUUUAUUUCAACAAGUGACACAUUUGGAACUGCAAUUUCAAGAGAAAUGUAUGUUAAAUAUCCCAAUUUAAUGACACAGUUCUUAAAUCUUCCCCUUAGGUUUAUUCUGUGCAAGUUACUAGGGUCUGCGUUUACAGAGCCACGUAUAUUUUAUUUCAUGUAAAGCAAUGAUUAUCCUGUUUGUUGUAUAUCAUUCUAAUCAGUUUUUUCUCCAAAUGGGCGAAAUUGCAAAUGUUCGGGAUAAUAUCUUAACUUUUAUUAUAUUAUAACCAGGAGAUUUCAAAUCUGGAGCAAGCUCUAUUGUCUUCCCCCUCGACUGAAUUAGAGAAGCCAUUUUGCUUUGCAGAAUGUAAAACACGGCGUUUCCACCUCACCAGUUCUGUGCUUUUAUCACAUUUCUUCGUUGUGUGGGUUGAGGGUGCGAGGAAUCAACCAACAGAGUCAAUAUUUUUGGAUUUUUAAUAUUUAUGUGUGAGACCAUAACUUUGCCUUGAAAAGUUUUAAGAGAUUCGAAUUGAUGUGUGACUUUUUUAAAAUGUGAAAAGAUGCUAUGAUAAAGCUUUUUUUCCCCUCUC